AUGUUUCCAACACAUCCACCUAGUGGUGAUAAUUCUCAAGGACCACAAUUGUUUAGUCAACCACCACCUCUCACCAACCCAAAUGCAUUUUAUAGGCCUUCUCCUCUACACAAUAUUGACACUCCUAAUAGUGAACCUGAAUCACCAAUUGGUCUCGAUGGAAUUCAACUAGAUGGAAGUGCAGAGAAUUCGUCAACAAAAAAAAUUCGUGUUCCAUUCACAGUUCAAGAAGAUAUUAUUCUCGUGAGGUCAUGGGUCAAUACGUCGAAGGAUCCAAUCAUAGGAGUUGAUCAAACGUUACGACAAUAUUGGUCGAGAAUCACAGAAGCAUACAACAACGAUGAAGACCGUGGCGAGUUCCCAGAGAGAGAAUCGACUCAACUAAAAGCACGUUGGAAUCGAAUUCAUCCUGCAGUUCAAAAAUUUAUUGGUUGCUACAAACAAGCAAUUAGUCAAAAGAAAAGCGGGAGUUCAGAGAAAGAUGUCAUGGCAUUCGCACAUAAGAUUUACACUCAAGAUACAGGUAAAAAAUUUGAUAUGGAGCAUGCAUGGGUCAUUUUGAGAGAUGAACCUAAAUGGCAAUCUGAUUUCGUGCAACACAAUUCAAAAAGAGGGAAGGUAACAUCUGCAGGUGGUUACUCUUCGUCUUCCAACACAGAGACACCCAUUGAACUUGAUGAAUAUGAGAUACCAACGCCAACAUCCCGUCCGAUAGGACAAAAGGCAGCCAAAAGGAAGGCCAAAGGAAAAGAAACUUCCAAUACUAAUGUUGUUGAUUUUUCUGGCAUAGAAAAUGCAAUAAAGGAGAAAAAUGCCUAUGCAUCAAGACUAAUUGAGUUGAAGGAGGCACAAGAAAGACGUUUGGCAUAUGAAACCAUAAUGAAGGAUACUUCCAACAUGAAUGAGACUCAACGUGAAGCUCAUGAAAAGUAUUGUAACUAUCUUAAACAACAAUAUGGGUUUUAA